AUGUUGAAAAGAAUCGUCCCCAGCAGUCAACAAACUUACGCUUUGACGAGGCAUCAGGCAUUGCCCCUGACAACGAAGACGCAACGUUUUCUAAGCACGACGACACCCCGUCACCAGAAACACAACCCAUCGUCCGCCACCGAAGACCGCAGCCGGUUGAAUCCCGAGCGCUCGGAAGUGACCAAGUCCGGAACAGACAGCGAGGUUGCCCAUCAUCCGGCAGCGUACGAUCCAUCGAAAACCGCACCAGAGACGGAGCUCCGGGCCACGGGGGAGGAACACGAGAACGAAGGCAAGUCGGGGAAUCCGCUGGACAUGAGCCCAGCCAAUAAAGAUGUCAGUGGGUGGAGAGGGCCGACGGAGGGUGGACCGGUGCAGAGUGCCGAUAAGCCUGGACCGAGUGGUCGGGGCCAGACGAGGAAGAAUCGGAAGGUUGAGGUGAAGGAGGACGGGACGCAUGUUUCUCAUAGAUAG